AAAAAAAUAUAUAUAGAAGCAAUAUCUAAAAUUGUGAUAAUUGUGAUACAAGAUCCAAGCAUUCCUUCCGGAACAUUCCAUCUUUCCAAUACUUUUGUGAGCGAAAAACUAUAACAUUCCAUUUAUUUUACAUUCGUACAUUCCAUAAUGAUCCCCAUUCCUCGCUAUCCUAAUAAGCGGAUAUUUCUUAUCCGAAAUUUUAAUAUAACAAAAAACGGCAUAAUAUAUAGCAUUUUCAAAAAAAUUCGCUCAUAAUUUUAUCAUUUUUAUCCCGAACCCGCUGGCAAACAAAGCAAAAAAUGUCUAAAAGGAAAUCCACCUUUCAAAGGCCAAUCAAAAUGGAGGCCAAAGAUGACAAAGACUUUCUUAAAGGUGCUGCUAAGCUAAUUAAUGGUCUCAAAAUUUACGAUAAAACUAGCAAAUUGAACGGGAAACAUUUGUAUUCCCCAUCUGCCAAAGAUGGUUUUAUAUUCCAACUCAAGAAUUCCUCUUUGAUAGUGUCGCCGGAUGAUAAUCAAAAUGGCCCAAUCGUGGAUUCCAAUCCUGACGAUAUGCCCGAGAACGGGCUUGAUAACUCACCUGAUCACCAUCUCGUCAACGGAUACGAUGACGCGAAACGACAGAUCUCUAAAAAACUGAAACUCGGUCUGAGUAGCGAGAUCAAAACUAAUGGUUAUUGCGACGAAGAAGGAUUGAUGCCAAAAGGGGAGCAAAAUGAUUUAGAAAAGUUCGAAAAUCAAGACGAAAAUUGGGGAUCGCUACGCAACGGAAAUCACGUGGAGUCAGAGGCGUAUAAUAAUCUUCCCGCUUUAAACGGACCUCUAGGGAAAGAUGAAAUGGAAGAUCAAAAUACGGAAGAUUUUGAAGAAACGAAAUUGAAAACUUUACUUAUGGCCAGCCCGGAACGUGACGCCCAACUAAAUGGGCACCACGAUGAAAAGGACACUGUCGCGGGAAAGGAAAACCAUAACGGGUUUUUAAACGGCAUUGAUGGUUCGACUAAACACCAAGAAACUGGAUACGAAAAUGACGAGCGAAAAUCGAUUCAUAAAGAUUACCAUAGUAGCACUCACCUUACGCCGCCACCUAGUUUAUCCAUAGCUGACUACCACCCUCUAGCGGAAGAAUAUUUGAACCCUUUCAGCGAUCGACUCAAGGGUGAUCAUUUCUCCACCUAUAAUCACCUGUACCAAAAUUUCUUCGCCGAUAAAAAUUAUCGAGACUUUCUGAAUGACGGUGGUCACAUGGUACCCAAAAUAAACGAAGAGGAGACCAAGAUUGGCCAAAUGUUUCUCAAGGAAAAAAGGAAUCACGGAGAAAAAGCUCGCGACGAAAAUAAAAUUUUAAACGAGAACAAGCUAUCCUUAAACAAAGACACCAUCACGGACACGGAAAUGAACGGCGAAGAAAGCAGAGGACGAAUCCACGCGGAUGGGGACGAGAUAGUCGGUCGGCCUUACAGCUGUAACGAAUGCGGUUUUUCCUUCACCAAUAAAUCGAAUUGCGAUAGACAUAUGAGGAAAAAGCAUGGGUAUUUAGGUAAAAGGGAGAUUCAAAAUGGUCAAAGGUUGCUUUCCUAUUUGCAGCAAUCGGCCACGACGGGCUAUCGCAAAGAAGAAAGAAAGGAAAAUCAAAAAAUUUAUUGCUGCCUUGUAUGUAACGAAACCACAUCCUUCCUUCACCACGAUUCAGCCAUAAGACACAUUGUGCUUAAACAUCCUGAGGUGGAUAACAUACUUUCUCACAUAAGUCCUGGCCCGGAGCAAAUUAAGAACCCUCCCCCUCCAUUUUCUCGUUCCACCACACUUUCCUCUUCGCGAGAUGGCGAUACCGACAGCCCAGAAGCUGAGAGAAAAUCGGAAAACGUAUUCGACAGAAGUUUUAACGGCUACAAUUACAGUAAUAAUCGCAAUAAUAACUCGGCCCUUUGCAACGACUACAAAGCAUCCGAGGACUACUUUUUCCCGCUUAUCGCGAACCACCAUAGCACGAAUACAAAUAUUGGUAUGGCGGAUCAUAAAAAAUUAGCUAGCCCAAGCUUGUUAUGCAGGGAAGGGAGUUAUCCGACCACCAAACCAAACGAUUUGCCUCUUAUGCCUCCCUACCCCGCGUACCUUUCAACCCAGGGUUACCCACCUCACGUUUCGUCCACCACGCCUCCCUCCAUGAAUGCUUCACCAUUUUAUCAAGGUGUCAACAAACAUUGGCUGAAUAAAUCCGCGUCGUUUAAAACCGCUCAUUCUUUCAAAACUACGUGCCCCAAUAAAAAAACAGUUAUUCACCCCGAUAAUAAGGAGCAUAUCUAUCCUCAAUCUCCCAAUUUACUCCGUGAUCCGCCUCUCCCUAUCGGACUUUCGAGAAAUGAAAGGGACUAUUUUAAGUUCCGCGAUGAGGAAGAAAACGACCGGGAUAACGUAAAAGAAGAUAACAGAAGUCAAGAGGACGAAUACAGUGACAGCCAGGCAUCGGAAGGAGAGCCAUUCCUUCCUUUGAAUAACAAGGAAGGGGAAGAACCCGAUGAUAGAUUAUUUUACGAUAAAACGGCCGGCGCUCCAAGCACAGAUACCGACGCUCCCCUUGAUCCCUCUAACCCCCAAACCACAAAUACGCCAUUUUUUGACCCCAGGGCAGUGCCUUACUGUACCCCCGGCCCCAAAAAAUUUGUGUGCGUCUAUUGCCACAACACUUACUCCUCGAGGGGCAAUGUUAACAGGCACAUACGCAACACGCAUUUUAAGAUGAAACGCGCCACUAAUCCGACCGCCACAUCUGUCACGUCCGCCCUUACAUCAUUGGUGUCCAACGUUGCACAUUUUCCCGCUGUUCUAAAUGCCAAAAUGGAGUAUACAGGCAAUGUCAAUCACCUCUUGUUAGAUACCAUUGCCAAAAAUAACGGUUUCGACAAGUUGCCUUCCCCACAUAACAAUGGUAAGAAUGAUGGCAGUAAUCAAAUAUCCGCCACUAACCCUGGUGCCUUGAUUACUCCCCCUCCUCCUUCCUCUUUUUAUUAUCAGCAUACCCCUCAAGCGCUCAUGGAGCAGUACUACAGAAGGUAUUUGGCUCAGCACUACCAACUUUCGUAUCAUGGGAACAAUGCAGGAACUAAAUUAAAUCAUUAUCAUAAUGGCGGACCCGUUUUACCACCAUUUCCGCCCUCUUUAGAUCCAACUCGGGCUCAACAAAUAUUUGCCGCCGAUUAUGAAAUGAAAAGGAAGCAUAAUUAUGAUGAUCACGAUAACGUCAAACAAGAAUAUGAAUUAUCUUAUGGUAAUGAAGCGGAAGAAGAUACCAAAAAGGCAUCUCCUGACCAGGUGGAGCAUUUGACGAAUAAGGAAAUAGCGAACUUAGGCAAUAAUGGCAUCCUACCUUCCGAAAACGAAGGUGACAGUGAUGAGCAAGCCGAUAAAGAUGAUGAAAGAAGGACGCCUGAAAUGGGUUCCGAACAAAAUCAUGACACCAAUGACAACGACGCGAAAAAUAAGGAUACCGCUAAUGUCAAUAAAGAUAGCUACCAACACUUUGAUGGCCCCGAAAAUAGGCUCACUACAGUGCCCUCUUUUGAAUGCAGCGAGUGCGGGCUCGUAUUUGCGGCCAUGUCUAGUCUGAACCGACAUUUAUGUGGGAAACACGGACUAGAGAAUAAUAAGACUAUUGACAAAGCGGGCGGGGGAGAAGAUUCUGACAAAAUGACAAUUUCGGAAGAUUUAGAUACUCGCGAUCUUUCCGAUAAUCUAAAGGAGAAAAAUAAUGAGGAUAAAUCGGGAUUACUUUCCAACACCACCCAUACCUCUCCCCAAUUCCCUUUUCCUACUAAAAUUAACAUUCCAGAUGGCGAUAACGUAAACUUAAGCAAGGAACCCGAAUUUUUUUCCUUGCUAAGCAAAGCUGCCCUACCGACUUAUUAUAAAGGCUUAUUGCAAUAUGCACAGCAUAAUAAUUACGGUUCGACGGAGUAUCUUAACUUGAAACAGCAGCCUAUCAAGACUCCACCGAGCCACAACAACCAAUCCCAUCCUCACAUAAAUGCGCAUAAUACCCAUAAUAAGAAUCAUCAUCAUAAUCAAAUUAAUAACUCCGGCAACGCUACGAGCAAUAAUAACGGCAGUGGCAACCAUUGGAUUUGCACGAUUUGUGGGACCACAUUUUCCCUUAAGCAUUCUCUCAUCCGUCAUCAUAAACGCCACUCCGCCCGAAGUCCACAGGACCCCCACAAUUUCUCACCGCUCGAGGAUAUGCUCAACUAUUCGACCAAAUACCUCGGCUUCAGAAAUCCUGCAAAUUCUCACCAAAAUCCUAACAAUUCCAAGGCUAAUUUUAACCCCGAUACUCCCAAAGCAUUUUCUGAAACGAAGGGCUUUAACAACACGAAGGCUUACAACACCUCUAAUAAAACCGGAUGGGCUCGAAAUAGUUAUGAAGGAGGGCGAAUGAACCAUAAAGCGGCCAUGGAUCUAUACAAGGCUAUGGCGGCUAAGGAGUACUAUUCCCAGUUUUUCCUACCGCCACCCUCAUUUAUGACAGGAGGGGAAAGGGACCCGGAAAAGGCUACUGGGAAAGCGAGUAUAGUAAUACCCUCCCCGCCACCACUUUCAUUUUCUUCCACUUAAAUCAUUUGGUUUAUAAAUAAUUUUAUAUAAAGUAUCAAAACAUUAUUAUAAAAAAAAGCUCAAAAAUUUCAAAUCGGUUCUUUAUUUUUGUAUUUAUAGAUAUCAAAAUUAUUAUUCAAUUUAUACAAUAUCGAGUCCAAUUAGUUCUCUUCCAUAUUUUUUCUUCUUCUGACUAACUUAUUUUGAAUUACCCUGCCCCCCUCCCCCCAUAAUUCUAUUUAACAUAUAACCCCCCCCCCCCCCAUCCUUUUCCUAUACCCGUUUAAAUAUUUAUUAGACUUAUAGAUAGACGAAUUAAUUAUUUGCUCAUAAAAACACCUAUUUAAAAUUACCUUUGAUGAAUUUUUUUUUUAAAAAAAGAACAUUUUCUAAUUUAUAUUUAUAGUAUAUACAAUAUAUAUAUAUAUAUAUAUCUAAAUUUUUCACACU